AUGUCAUGUCAGCAGACAUCUCUUCCACGAUCCAUCCUCCACUUAGGAAAUGCUGACCUUCCUAGCUCUGCACCUCACCCCCUCAACCUGACCUUCCCAGCUCUGCUCCUCACCCCCUCAACCCCAAACCUGACCUUCCCAGCUCUGCUCCUCACCCCCUCAACCCCAAACCUGACCUUCCCAGCUCUGCACCUCACCCCUUCAAUCCUGCACCUGACCAUCCCAGCUCUGCUCCUCGCCCCUUCAACCCUAAACCUGAUCUUCCCAGCUCUGCCCCUCAACCCCAAACCUGACCUUCCCAGCUCUGCACCUCACCCCCUUAACCCUAAACCUGGCCUUCCCAACGCUACACCUUACCCCCUCAACCGUAAACCUGACCUUCCCAACUUUGCACCUCACCCCCUCAGCCCUAAACCUGACCUUCCUAACUCUGCACCUUACACCCUCAACCCUAAACCUGACCUUCCCAACUCUACACCUUACCCCCUCAACCCUAAACCUGACCUUCCCAACUCUGCAAUUCACCCCCUCAACCCUAAACCUGACCUUCCCAGCUCUGCACCUUACCCGCUCAACCCUGCUCCUGACCAUCCAAGCUCUGCAUCCCUCCACCUCAACCCUAAACCUCACCUUCCCAACUCUGCACCUUACCCGCUCAACCCUGCUACUGACCUUCCAAGCUCUGCACCAUACCCCCUCAACCCUAAACCUAACCUUUCCAGCUCUGCACCUCACCCCCUCAACCUAACCUUCCCAGCUCUGCACCUCAUCCACUCAACCCUAAACCUGACCUUCCUAUCUCUGCACCUGAUCACCUUCCCAGCUCUGCACCUCACCCCUCAGCUCUGCCUCUGA